AUGGCAACUGCAACACUCAAGUUGUUGAGUUGUCUUCCGGAUAAAAAGGAGUCCCACUCCGACUCGUUUCUGAAGAACAGGGAUCUGCCUUUGAACGUACUGAGCUUUUUGCAAUGGAAUAUACAUAACGAGUGCUUCUUGUCGUGCCAAGAGACGAAACUGCCUGGCCACUGUGAUGCUUCCUAUCCGCACUGCAAGGAGAAUGCGACUGAGCAGUUAAGAAGCAUGCUCACUGAAGGCAACGGCGCUCUGGACUUUGCUGGCGUUGAGCAGAUGGCAGACGAACAGCUCGCAACAAAUCAGGUUGAUGUAGAGUGGGGACAGAUCUAUCAUACUUGCGGUGGUGAGAACGGCUUUGGGGCUGCACCUUUUGACAUCGCCAUGCUCCUGUACCGCAAAUCAAAGUGGGAAGUGAAACAGGUAAAUGGUACCUUUCUGCAGCCAUUCGGCGGAUGCAUGGAGAGAGCCGAUGGUGGUGAGGGCCCAACAAACUACCGGGCUUUCCUUGGUCAGGCCUUCGUUCACAAGCACAGCAGGUUCGAGGUGCUGGUGGUCGUCGCACACUUCCCACAUAUAAAGAGAUAUUCUGAGGAGAUCCUCAGGCUGUCAGCUGCUUUGACGUCAUUUCGCGCGUCUUCUGGCGUAAAUCAGGUGGUCUUAAUCGCGGACACAAACCGGGAAAGAACGGCCGGAGAGAUCAUGGCUGAUAUUUACCCGAAUGUGACAGGCGUUGUGGGCAGCGCCCAACAGAAAACCUGCUGCUAUCCGAUCUACCUGCAUGCGUUUGAUCGCGUCAUCGCUGGAGGCUUCCCAGCCAAGGAAGCCUCCAUGAAGACAAUCUUUCCGUUCGGAACUGAGGGCGGCCAUCAACCGCCAGCAUGGGCCACCGUCAACAUGCACGAUCCCAUCAUCGUGGAGUUUUCUUUGGGCAAGCUGAGCGUUGGAGGGGAAAGGUUGGCACACCAUUUAUAUGGAGGUGAUAAAUUGGCAGUCGUUAGCAGUGUUUGUAUUGGUCUGGAACCAGGCAUGUUGCAAUGCCCUGCAGCUGCUCCUUCUGCCUACCAGCAGUCGCAAGCACAGCAGUUUGCGCUGCCGACUCCACCGCAGUGGCAGGCGCCUCCACUGCCAGCUGCAGAUGAUCUUGGUCCUCCGCCAAAGAGGCAAACAGACCAAAUGCCGACGCCAGCUUCAAUUGAGAACCAAAAGCAGGCUUAUGCCCGUGCUCUGGACCAGCAGCUGGAGUCGGGCACACGCACGAUCAACGAGCAGAAAAAUCAAGCCAUGGAGAUUCUGCGCAACGCCGCGGAGGAAAAGAAGAUGAAGUACAUGAUGCAGCUAGAAGAGCAACUCCUGCAGCAGGAGUUUGAGCUGGACGAGCAGUGCCACCAACAGAUCAUGCAGCUUCAGCAGGCUGCCUUUCAGCAGAAGUCCCAGCUCGAGCACCAGGCCAGUACUCUCAUCAUGGAGUUCAAGCAGCGGCAGAUGCAGGAGGACAGGCACAGGGACAGCGGCCAGCGGGCGGACAGGGGCGCCGUGUCUGCAGGCAUGUUGCAAUGCCCUGCAGCUGCUCCUUCUGCCUACCAGCAGUCGCAAGCACAGCAGUUUGCGCUGCCGACGCCACCACAGUGGCAGGCGCCUCCACUGCCAGCUGCAGAUGAUCUUGGUCCCCCGCCAAAGAGGCAAACAGACCAAAUGCCGACGCCAGCUUCAAUUGAGAACCAAAAGCAGGCUUAUGCCCGUGCUCUGGACCAGCAGCUGGAGUCGGGCACACGCACGAUCAACGAGCAGAAAAAUCAAGCCAUGGAGAUUCUGCGCAACGCCGCGGAGGAAAAGAAGAUGAAGUACAUGAUGCAGCUAGAAGAGCAACUCCUGCAGCAGGAGUUUGAGCUGGACGAGCAGUGCCACCAACAGAUCAUGCAGCUUCAGCAGGCUGCCUUUCAGCAGAAGUCCCAGCUCGAGCACCAGGCCAGUACUCUCAUCAUGGAGUUCAAGCAGCGGCAGAUGCAGGAGCAACUACAAAAUCGGCUCUACCAGCAGAAGCUGAAGAUGUAUCAGAUGCGACAGGCACAGGGACAGCGGCCAGCGGGCGGACAGGGGCCACCUCAAUGA